UAUUGGAGAACUUUAGUUGCCUUUCAACGGGUAGCCAAGUAGCACCUACCACUGUGAACUCUCUGUCGAUGCGGUGUUCAUUCUUUAAUGAAUCGUGCUUGAUCCUUAAAAGUUUCCCAUAAAAAUCUACUAAAGAAGAAUGGAUCAAAUGCAGGAUAAAUUUGACGCCGAUUCUGAAGACCGUUUCGGCUUGAGUUCACCAGUAUUCAUAAUAAGCUUAAUUUCGGUGUAUCUGCUUUUUGUUUAUAAAAUUGGACCAGCAUUUAUGAAAAACCGGGAACCCUAUAAAUUAAAAACAUUUAUAUUGAUUUAUAAUGCCUUGCAAGUUUUAGCCUGCGUAUACAUUGUGCUGAAGAUUUUGCAACUAACAUCAUGGGACAUUUUCGAUUUCUCGAUAUGCUCAGUAUAUGCACAGAAUACACCUGAACGUAUGGCAUACGAUAAAGUGACGUACUUUGCUUUUUGGAUAAAAAAUUUGGAACUGAUUGAUACAAUAUGCUUUGUACUAAGGAAAAAACAAACACAAGUAACUCCCUUACAUGUUUUCCAUCACUCGUCGGUCUUGACACUUGUCUACAUUGUACUCAAUUAUCAUCGAGGAAAUGGAGCUUUAUAUCCCCUGCUCUUGAACAGUGUAGUGCACAUAGUUAUGUAUUCGUAUUAUUUCCUGGCAAAUGUUUGCGGUCCCGUGUUUAUGAGACGUCUGUUGUGGUUCAAAAAGAGCAUUACCAUAGUCCAGAUGGUGCAGUUCAUGUUUAUUUUAUUACAAGCCGGCAUCACUUGGCGAUACUGUGGCGUUCCCAUGGUGCUUACGUCCUACUUUUCAUUGGUUAUUGCAGUAAUUUUCUAUGGCUUCUAUGAUUUCUAUAAGAAAGCUUAUAAGCCUAAAGUACAAAGUUAAUAAAAUAAUUUAUUAAAGGCAAGAAGUAGCCGUUGAGAGGA